AUGCUCUUGUCCUUUCUUCUGGCCCUCUGCUUCGCCUUGGGCGCGUUCUGCGCCGGAGCCACCAACGCCAAGGCGGUGCAGCGCUUCAUCUCUGACACGAAGAAGUCGGUGACGAUUGACCGGAAGAACCCCCCUUACUACGACGAAAGGGUCAUCACCGAAGCCACCUGUCCGUUCUACUUGCUGUCCUGCACCCACACCAACUUCCGCUUCCGCCAUUACCUCGUCAACACCACCGACGUCGACAUCGGCUACGUCGCCCACCAGGAUGAGCUGUGGGACAACAUGGGAACGACGCAGACGACGGUCAUCAGCAGCAGGUCCACGGCGCUUCUGAAGUCGAAGACGACGGGCUGGACCAUCGGCGGCAAGGUCUCGCUCGCCGUCCCCGACAUCGGCGGAGGCAUGGAAAUGUCGAGCUCCUACCAGGAGACGUUGAUGACGUCCUUUACCGAGACUCUGACGACGCAAAUCACCGUCCCCUGCGAUGCCGGAAACGAGUGCGGCAUCGAAACGUGGACCUUUUUCGCCACCGUCAAGGGCCUUUGCAUACAGACGCCCAUUGUGGAGUGCUCGCAGUCCAUGGACAUUUGCGCCUCCGACGGCAAGUUUGGCUGCUCGCAGUGGAAGAAGUUUUACAAACGCAACUGCCGCAAUCGCUCCCUCAAGCCAUGCGAGGUCACCUUUCCGUUGAUAGACCACACGGGGAAGCCAAUCCGACGUUUUGUUUCCACGGCAAAGAAGCUAUCCGACUUUAAGAAGAAGAAGAGGAUAUAA